AGGGUUUUUCCCUCUUGUUCAGUGGCUCAUCUAGAAUUCACAGCUUUAUCACGACAGAGCACGAUUCCUCUUUUCAUUUUUUUUUAAAUCGUAAGUUACAGGUGCAACGGCCAAGCUAAUAUUGAUGAGGCAGGAUCAACCUUGACCAGGUGGGGGUAGGAGAGAAAAAAAAAAUUAUCUAAAAAAGAAAAUUACACACUCGGUUUGAGAUCUAUGGCCCUGAAAAGCACUCAGCAUUUUUUUUUCUUGCCCCUCUCUUUUCUGAAUUUUUUCUCUCGCGUUUGUUGGAUAUUGUGACUCUCCCCUAUUGCUAUACAACGAGUGGAUGGUCCUGUUACAAACUGAAACAUAUAGACAAAAGAAAAAGUCUCACCACGAUUUUCUCGUGUACGCAAGCUGACAUUGAGCCCUUCCGUCCGCAGUAAAUCAUCAAGAUUAUCAACACCAGAGUGCCCAACCCCUUCUGGUUUUGCUUUUCCCCGGCGUGAAAAAUGGACUGCUGUCGUGUCUAUCGUUAUUAGUCUUGGAUAAUAUGUACAAAGACCUUGACUUUCCCAUAACACUCUCUAGCCAGUAUUUAAAAAAUAAGAAAGGAAACAACAACAAAAAAAAGCCCUCGUCUUUUUCUUACUAAUUUGGGAGUUGAUGAAUCGUCAGCAGUUACAGGUUUAAGGUUAGCGGCCUGUCAGGUCCAUUCAACAUUUCAAGGCGGGGAGGGCAGGAGCGGCGACCGCGGCAAUGUUGUUUUCGUUGUCAUGACUGCCAGUCCCUUGUUGAUUUUUAUCAAUAGACACACAUAAAAAGAAACUUUUCGCCAGUGGAUGGCAUCGUGAAAUAUCACGAACGCUGUCAGUGUGUUUCUUUCAAAAAGGGCAACACGAACCAAGCCCCUUCUCUCCUUUUCGGAUAGUUUCAAAAGAUUCGUUUUCAACACACAUAGUGUUGUUGUGACUGCCCGAAAAAAGGAAUCGAUCGCCUCCCGUCAUGAAGUCGAGGAAGCAGUUGGAAGCGCAGCAGCGUUACAAAAAAGAACAGGAGGAGAGGCAGCGGAUUAAAAACGAAGAAUUGAGGUUGGAGAUGGAACGUCGGAGGAGAGAGCAACAAGAAAAGGAGGAACACGAAGCCCGAAUUAAAAAGGAGCGCCAAAUCCGUGAGGUUGAACUAUGUCGACUGCAUUGUGAACGAUCGACAGCUCUCCUAACACUAUGCACGUCAAGCGUGGCCAGCUGGGCCAUCCAGCAAUGGCAACUGAAAAAAUUCUACUGGUGUAUGAGGUGUGACGGCCUACCGGAUCCGGGACAUCUCCCGCAGUUAAACGCCUACCGCUACCGCUGGAUCGAAAAUAGUCAAAACACAGAGCCAUGUAUGGAGCGUCUUCUCUCCAGAGCGCCAGAAUUCAACCAAGUUCUUCACGACCUUAACGAUCUGCUGGAAAACACUCACGAUAUCCCAAUAAACCAAGUUCAACAGCUCUGUCAGAUGCAACGGGAGUUAUCGAAACUGUUGAAUCAAGAGAUUGAAGCCGCAGUCAAAAGCGUUUUGAGCGACGUGGAACGACAUCUACUGCCAGACGAAACACAGCUUAAUGUCCAGACUUGUUCCAAGCUUUUCACACUGGCUUUAGGUACCGACACAGCUAAAAACAGUUCCCUGACAUUACAUGACUUCCCACGACUGGGUGUCAGGUUGGACUUGCCCCAAAUUGUUUUAACUAAUGCGAAACCUGUCGUGGCUUCAUUCGUUUGGUUUAAAGAGGGCCAUUAUCUUGAACCUCCAUUGAUCAAUGGCGUUCCUAGUCUACCAUCAAUUCUUCAUCCCCUUACUGAAGAUGAUCCACUGUACAAUCUGGUGCCUGAAAAUAUGCGAGCAAAGCAAAAGGAAGUUCCAAUUGAUGUUGACUUGGUGCCUGUUGCCCAGCGUGGUUCUCCAGCAGACGACGUUAAAGCAGACAUACUAGAUCUGAACAGCUACCUGUUGGUGAUGGGCAUCUUGGAGCUCCAAUUACUCCAGUUGCCUGUACAACCGAGACGAUUUGCCGACUGGACAGUAGCAUAUCUUGAGGAUGGAGACGCGAUCAAAACUUACGAAUUUCGAGCAAUAUUCUCUGAAUCGGGAGCUGCUAGAGAAGCUGAAAAGGCUGGCAAAAGGGGUAAAAAUGACGAUGACGAUGACCCUGGUGAUGGCAAAGAGUCAAACGAAGAGCUUAGAAAAUUAAUCAGCUUCAAAAUCAAGUUACCACCAACAGCUUUUUGGUUGGGUUGUCCGCGACCAGUCAUCUAUCGGAAAGAUUCCGGAACAUGGAAGACCAAAGGUGUGUGGGAUGUUCGCUUCUUUGAAGAAAUCGGAGGUCCUACGGUGCAAUUUCGUCUGGAAGAACCUGCCAUCGUAGCCUUCGCUCAGGCCAAACGCCUCAACUUGCCACUGCAAGGAUGGACGCUGGUUCCCAGUCACAUGAGGAGCUCAAUAAUUAAUUCGUUGGUGAGCAAAGUUCCUGCAGAAGCUGCUAAAGGAUCCAAUGCAAACGAAACGCGAGGUGCUGGUGGAGGUGGAGCAGGAGGUGGAGGAGAUGAAUGGAGUGAUGAGGAAGGCAGUGAUGAGGAAGAAGGAGGAGGACGAGGGAACGGGACUGCCGUAGUUGAGGAAGCCGCAGAUGAACCGGAUGAAAUCGAAUACGAUCCGGAGGCACGUUCCAUCACUUUGACGCUCAACGGAGCCAUAGUUUCUCUUGACAUCGAAAUUCAAGAACAUCAAGUGUUGCUCCGUCGUGUCAGGACUUCAGUGAUAGUCAACGUUCAAGACUUGACAAACAGAGCGAUGAAUCCAUUCGAACUGAUCAAAUCGCUGAGACGCCGUGGCCUAGAGAUUUCACCUAGUCACGAAGUCAGUUCUGCAGUUGAAGAAUUGGCGAAAAACAAGAGUCGGGCAGUCGAAAAUCAUCUUUAUCGCUGCCUGGCCAUACUGGCCGCUUCUGAAAAAUUCUCUUUUUUGCAUAGUCGAUGGAAUCAGAUGGCAGGCGACGAGAAUUUCGUUCUACAGUAUCAAAAGUUAGAAAAUGAAACCAUGAGCCCACCUGCGCUGGCCCAAGUCUCGUUGGAUCGCACACGACUUUUGCCCUACAACGAGAGCAGCCUAUCACUCGAGCAGGAAAAUGUCAAAGAUGUUGAACCUCAGUUUUAUGCUGAUUUGCUCAACGCCCUAUUUGAAUCGUCGCCGAUCGAGUUACGCAACCAGAUCCUCGAUCCAUCCCCAGCCUUUGUCGACACUAUCUACACCAUGCUGGCAGCCACAAGACCGGCUUCAACGGCAUAAUACCUACAAUUGAAGCGAGCUUUUUACGGCUUCGCUACAAAUACAAGUUAGUUGAAAGGUCCA